CAUGAGAGCUGCUGCCAUCUCCAUGCCAAGGCUGGACAAGCUGCCAGGAAUGUUCUUCUCCGCUAACCCAAAAGAUCUGAAAGAACCUAACCAUUCACUUCUAGAUGACAAGACACAAAAGAAGAAGCCAAAGACUUUUGGAAUGGAUGUGAAAGCGUACUUGAGAUCUAUGAUCCCACAUCUGGAAUCAGGAAUGAAAUCAUCCAAGUCCAAAGACAUACUUUCUGCUGAGGAAGUAAUGCAGUGGUCUCAGUCUCUGGAAAAACUUCUUGCCAACCAGACUGGUCAGAGCGUUUUUGGAAAUUUUCUAAAGUCUGAAUUCAGUGAAGAGAAUAUUGAAUUCUGGUUGGCUUGCGAAGACUAUAAGAAAACAGAGUCUGAUCUUUUGAGCAGCAAAGCAGAGGAUAUAUACAAAGCAUUUGUGCGCUCAGAUGCUGUGAAACAAAUCAAUAUCGACUUUCGUACUCGAGAAUCUACAGCCAAGAAGAUUAAAUCACCAACCCCCACAUCUUUUGAUGAAGCACAGAAAGUCAUAUAUACACUUAUGGAAAAGGACUCUUAUCCCAGGUUCCUGAAAUCAAAUAUUUACUUAAAUCUUCUAAAUGACCUGCAGGCUAGUAGCUUAAAGUGAGGGCUUCCUGGCUGACAGGAACUAAGAGAUGGUAUCAAGGACAGAAGGAAACGCCAGCGACACUGCCUGCGUGAUCGUCUGGCCUGCUUUGGUGACUCAGCAGGCUCAGUGGAAGGAGGAACA